AGCCGCAGCCUCGGCGCGACCCGGCCGCUCCCCUCAUGCGGCGGGGGCGACCUUAAAAGCGCACCCCGGCUUCUCCCCAUCCCCCGCCGCCUUGCCUGGAAUCCCCGGCACCCCGAGCGCUGCGCCCGGGUCCCUGCCUUCUCCAGCCCGGCUCCUCAUCCCCGCUCCCCAUCUUUGGACAUGGAAGGGGCCGCUGCGCCCGAGGCGGGGGACAGCCCCGACCCAAGGCUGGGGGCGCAGGACUCUCCCCCGGCGGCGGCUCCGGAGCCCAGGAAGCCGCACGGGGUGAAGCGCCAUCACCACAAACACAACUUGAAGCACCGCUACGAGCUGCAGGAGACCCUGGGCAAAGGCACCUACGGCAAAGUCAAGCGGGCCACCGAGAGGUUUUCGGGCCGCGUGGUUGCUAUAAAAUCCAUUCGUAAGGACAAAAUUAAGGAUGACCAAGACAUGGUUCACAUCAGACGAGAGAUUGAGAUCAUGUCAUCCCUCAGCCAUCCUCAUAUCAUCAGUAUUUAUGAAGUGUUCGAGAACAAAGACAAGAUUGUGAUCAUCAUGGAGUAUGCCAGCAAAGGAGAACUGUAUGAUUACAUCAGCGAGCGGCGGCGCCUCAGCGACCGGGAGACCAGGCACUUCUUCCGGCAGAUCGUCUCCGCCGUGCACUACUGUCACAAGAAUGGCGUGGUCCACCGGGACUUGAAGCUGGAAAAUAUACUGUUGGACGACAACUGCAACAUUAAGAUUGCAGACUUUGGGCUUUCCAACCUGUACCAGAAGGACAAGUUCCUGCAGACGUUUUGUGGGAGCCCACUCUACGCAUCUCCUGAAAUUGUCAAUGGGAGGCCUUACCGAGGACCAGAGGUGGACAGCUGGGCACUGGGCGUGUUGCUCUACACUCUCGUGUAUGGAACUAUGCCAUUCGACGGUUUUGAUCACAAGAAUCUCAUCCGGCAGAUCAGCAGUGGCGAAUACCGGGAGCCCACGCAGCCCUCAGAUGCUCGAGGACUGAUCCGCUGGAUGCUGAUGGUGAAUCCCGACCGCCGCGCCACCAUUGAGGACAUCGCCAACCACUGGUGGGUAAACUGGGGCUACAAGAGCAGUGUAUGUGACUGCGAUGCCCUUCAUGACUCUGAGUCCCCACUGCUGGCACGGAUCAUUGACUGGCACCACCGCUCCACCGGGCUGCAGGCUGAGACUGAAGCCAAAAUGAAGGGCGUGGCCAAACCUGGGGCCUCAGAAGUCGUGCUGGAGCGGCAGCGGUCGCUGAAGAAGUCCAAGAAAGAGAAUGACUUUGCCCAGUCUGGCCAGGACUCAGCCCCCGAAAGCCCGUCCAAGCUGAGUCCCAAGAGGCCUAAGGGGAUCCUGAAGAAGCGAAGCAACAGCGAGCAUCGUUCUCACAGCACAGGCUUCAUUGAAGGUGUUGUUGGACCCGCCAUGCCUGCUGCCUUCAAGAUGGAGCAGGACUUGUGUCGGACUGGAGUGGCCCUCCAGGCCUCCCCAGAGGCAGAUGUGCCGGGCAAACUCAGCCCCAAGCAGUCGGCCACGAUGCCCAAGAAAGGCAUCUUGAAAAAGACGCAGCAGAGGGAAUCGGGUUACUACUCGUCACCAGAGAGAAGCGAGUCCUCCGAGUUGCUGGACAGUAAUGAUACCCCGGGCAGCGGCCUCCCGUCCCCGACACCCCCAGACCCAGCUCGGGGUCCCUCCUCCCACAGCCUCUCCUGCCGGAGGAAGGGCAUCUUGAAACACAGCAGCAAGUACUCGGAGAGCACUCUGGACCAGGCACUCGGCAGCCCCGAAAUGCCCACACUGGAAUCCCUGGCAGAGCCCGGCAUCCCCGCUGAGGGGCUGUCACGGAGCUAUAGCCGCCCCUCCAGCGUCAUCAGCGACGACAGCAUCCUCUCUAGCGACUCUCUGGACCUGCAGGACCUGCAGGAGAACCGGCCUGCUCGCCAGCGCAUCCGCAGCUGUGUCUCAGCCGAGAACUUCCUCCAGAUCCAGGACUUCGAGGGGCUCCACAACCGGCCCCGCCCCCAGUACCUGAAGCGCUACCGAAAUCGGCUGGCGGAUAGCAGCUUCUCUCUCCUCACAGACAUGGACGACGUUACUCAGGUGUACAAGAAGGCCCUGGAGAUAUGCAGCAAGCUCAACUAGCCCUGGGGGAUGCGGGCGUCGGGCAGUGGGACUGUCCGCUGGCUGUGACGAUAGACUGAGAGCAUCAGCACCAUCGCAUCCCAGCCUCGUUUGCAGCCUGAGCACCUCAAAGGGAGAAGCUGCUGCCUGCCAGCUCUGCCGCCCGCCUGUCAGAAUUUGGGUCCCAGCUAGCAUUUGCUCUGUGGCACCUGCUGGAGGACUGGCUGCCUAGGGAAGGUAGUGGUGUUAGCCAGCAUGUGAGGGGAGGGAGAAACAGAGGAUGAGAAUGGAGGAGGGUCUUUCCCUAGAAGUCAUAUACAAACUUCUGGAGGUGGGACCAGAAAAAUGAGAGCUACCUGCUUGGGGUACAGCCAAAGAGCUUGCUGUGCUCGUUUCCUCCUGGCAUCAUCAGGCUUGGUCUGACUGUGGCAAGUGGAUUUCAGCAACCUGAGCUUGAAUUGAUGAUC